ACAGUAUUUUACUAAAAUUGCUUUGGGAAUGCUUCGGACAAUAUGAGCUAUAGAAGCUGGAUUUUGACAAGACGAUACAUUGAUUUUUGUUGAUUGACAGUAGCAUGAACAACAUUUAAAAGAAAAUACACACACACAAUGUCCACUAUGAUUUUAGCAAAUUAGUAUGCCCAAGAAAUGUGAUACUAUAAAUUACCGCUUUGCCUUCUAUCUUUCAAUCGCAGAGCUUAACGGACGAUGACUUCUAUUUGAAAGAACCACAGGGCAUUACGGACAUUGCACCGCGUCGCACAGCCGAGGCACCGAAUCAGAAGGAAAGCUCACCUGAGCUGGAACCCGAGGAGGAGGAAGAAGAAGAGGAAGAGGACGAGGAGAAGAAGGCCGAAAAGGCCGCCAAACGGUUGAACCGCGAAGUGAACAUGCUAUCGGCUCGAUUGAUUCGACUGAAGGAGAAGGAAGAGGAACGGCAUGCCGAACGGCAGGCCCUCAAAUACGCCAUGAAGACUAACCAGUAUGCUCUGAAAAACGAGCUCAAGAAAUACAAGAAACUGCAGAAGGAAGUCGAGAAAAUGGCUGCAAUGAUGAAGAUGGAAGACGAGGACGAGGAUGGCGAAGAGGCCAAGGAACCUCCACCUGAGGAACCCGAGGAAGAGGAGGAAGAAGAGGAAUCUGAGGAGGAGAGCGAAUCGGAAUCCGAAUCGGAAAGUGAUAACGAGAGCGCGAACGAAGCAGAGGACGCCCCGGACGAGAAGAAAAAAGCCAACCUGGAACCACGGGUGAAACGGCACGAGAACCGGUUAGCUUCGCUCAAGAAGGGCAACUACUUCCUGCAGGCCAACGUCGACCGGAUCAAGGACGAAAUCAACAAAACGCGGGAAAUGUGCUGCACGCUACAGUCCGAUUUGGACUCUGUUAUUGCUGAUUUAGGAUAAUCUUACACUUAAUUAACCUUAUUAUGGACAACAUUUGGACGCAGCUUAACCGACUUCUUCACUAAACUCACUGUAUUUACCGAUGUCAUGUUCAAGUGCAAUUUGUACCAUUCUAUAGCUCCACACAAACCAUUACAACCCAAUAAAAACGCCCGGCCCCAGCCCUGGCCCUGAAUGGAAGAGCAUCGAAGCCGGUCGUCCUACUGGCAGGCACCCGCAAAUCAAAGAUGAGUAUUUAUUUUAGCUGUAUUUUUGCAAUCGAAAAUGAAUAAAACCAACAUACCUGAAGCGUAAA